AUGGCUCCAGAACGGGGUUCAGUUAUCGCGAAGUCGAAUUUUCCUAUGUAUUCUGUUAAAUCUUUGGACGAACGCCAUUUUUUAGUUGCUGGCGGAGGAGGGCAGGCAAAAACUGGUGUUUCCAAUGCUAUAGAGAUCUAUGAGUUACGUGGGACUGAGACUGGUUACCAGGCGAGCAGUGUGUGUGCACAUGAUGUGGGCUCCCAGGCUCCAAUGAAUGGGGCUACAGUCUAUGAUGGCAGAAACCACUUGUUCGCUGCUGGCAUGGACGACGAGUGUCAUCUCUUCUCCAUGAAAUAUAAGGUUGUCUCCCCUGCUAAAACAGUGCAAAAUAUUGGAAGUUCCACAGAAGCUGUUAAAAGAAAAUCCACAAAGGAAGAAACAAACGGUGGUGCCAACAUUGACUCUAAUCAAACAAAACGUGUAACAUUCGAUGUAGGUUGUUUACGAACUGUGAAAACAGACUUCUUAAGUGAUGGAGGAUUUCAAAAGUGUGUUCAGUUUAGUCCAGACCGAAGCAUAAUAGCAACUGGUGGAGGUGAUGGUCAUCUUAGAAUAUGGAAGACUGAGGACCUCAGUAAACUACAUGAUAUAGCAGCUCACAAAUCUGAAAUAGAUGACCUUGACUUCUCACCAAGGGGAGAUAAGGUUGUGACCAUAUCUCGAGGCAGCAGUUUCUCUGUGUGGAACGUGAAAGAUGGCAAGCGCCACCUUGACAUGGAGUGGCCUGGCAAGACGGGCGAACACAGGUUCCGGGCAUGCAGGUUUGGAGUUAAAGCGGGCAGCACAGAAAAAGGCCAUACUCUCUACACAAUCAACAUUCCAGUAAAACGUUCAUCAAAGCCUGAUCCCUGUUUCAUUGCUCAGUGGGAUGGCGAGACUUAUAAGCCACGAUUGGUUGUGAACGCUGGAACAGAGGUGCUGUCUUCCAUGGCUGUCAGUCGAGAUGGUAUCUAUGUUGGUGUUGGUAUGAUAACUGGCAGUGUCGCUGUGUACAUAGCAUUCAGUCUUCAGAAGCUGUAUUAUGUAAAGGAGGCCCACAGUAUAUUUGUGACAGGGCUAGACUUCAUGCCAACAUCGGAAAAUGCCAGAGAAGUAACAGGAACCCAAGAUUUCCAUUUGCUUAGUAUUUCUGCUGACAACACCAUCAGGUUGCACCAAGAACCCACCAGAGCUUCAUACAGUGCAUUUAUUCUCAUCAUUGGCUUGAUGAUGGCCAUUGCCUUCCUUUUCUGGACGAUGGCUCAGCUUGGCUUGUGAUCCUGGUAACUAGAUGUAGUUUACCUGACCCUAUUCUGCGACCGGCUCAUCAAAAACUUAUUCUGCGACCUUCUCAACCAUUCCUAUUCUGAGACCAGUCUACCAGAUCCUAUUCAGCAAAACUUAAAACUUUCGACUUCCCUAGAACCACAACUCCCCUAGAACCACGGUAUCACUUACUUAAUACCAAGCACACCAGCGUCAAGUAAGGUAUUUGUGAAUAGAGCUUAAGUUGCCAAAACCUUAAUAGAAGGUCCUCAAGAAACCAUGAUAUAUUAUUGUAUAUGUUAAAUAUCUAACAUGUGUUAGUAAAGGCAGAAUUGCAAUGUAAGAUAUAAUAGAAAAUCAUUUCCCCCCUGAACUGUGAUAAUUGGAAGCUUUUUGGUGUAGGGGCCAUUUUGCCAAUGAUUGUGCAGCACGUCGUUUUAAAAAAAAUCUUUUUAUUAGUUGAUUUUUUUUUCCAAAAUAACUAAAGACCUAUUUUUUUUACUCCAAAUCAAACAUCUUUAAUUUCAGUAGUGGUCAGUCUUAACAAAAUAUUGAUUAUAAAAAUGAUGGUGCAUUCCUUGGCAAGACAGGCCCAUAGUUAAGUAGGAUGUAUAUUAUAAGUGUCUUCCCUUACCAUAUUUUAAAAAUCAUGCCAGAUUUCAGGUCAUUUUAAAAAAUUACUGUAGUUUCCAUCAGGUGAUUUAGUUUAAGCCCGUCUGUUUUUCAAAGAAAGAAAGACUGGGUAUUGUGAUAGGGUUGGCGUUGUUUUGGGCUGUGUCGUCAUCGUCCUCAUUGUGCAUAAACAUUUACCUUGAUCAUAACUGAAAUGUUCAGCAUGGUCCGUAACUGGAAUAAUUUUCUUUUUAAAAUGAAGCAAAUUAGAGAUUUUGUGCUCCUUUGCAAAAGCAAAUAGGCUUUGUUAUGUAAAAGCACUGCGGUUAUCCUUUUUUGAAUGGUUUACUGGUAUUAAACAAAAUGAUUACAGUGAUUUCAGUCUGGCUAUUUAAGGGAAGACACUUUAUUUUCUUGCAAAUUAUUUAUAUACAAUGUGUUGACUGAUAUUAUGUAUUAAGGUAUACAUUUAUAAGCAGCUAAAAGUUAAAUAAUGUAAUGAUUAAUUUAUUGUUGGAAAGGGUUUUAACAAUUUGAAAGUAAUUGGUGUAUUUUUCAAAUUAUUUGAAUUAUGAUAGUUUAAUAGCUUUUACUUUUGCUCUUCCUAUUUAUAUAUCAUUGAAAACUUUAUCUUUGAGACAUGACAGGAUCAUAAGCCAAUAUUUUAUUUGAAAUGAGACAGGUUAUUGCAAUACUUAUUCAAAAUAUGGUACAUUCUUAAUCAAGCAGAACAUAUUUUGUUCUUAUGUGUUCUAACAAAUGUGUUCUAACUGUCUUUACAUAGGAUAUUUAAGUUAGAAUCCACCCUGCGGUUAUUAACCAAUAAUUGUUUCAAUGUUCAUUCUUUAUUUAAAAUUUUCGUUCUAAAUAUAAUAGUAUAGUUCUAAGUGCAAUGUAAUGUUUUUAUCUCAUUCUCAAACUGUAUGCUAAAAACACUCACCGCAUACAUGUACGUUGCUAUAAGCUAAAGGUGCGCGAUCAUUGUCCUCUCCUUUACUUAGACUAAUGCGGACUCCUCGCCUUGGCAAUGGUGGCAUGAACAAUCCAAUUUAAAUGUUAGUUGUUUUUUUCUUGUAGAAUCAUAUCAAAUGUGAAGGAAGAAAUAACAAAAUUUAAUACAACUAUAUUGAGUUAUCUGGCAGAGUUUCACUUCGUCUAAAAUUUAAGGAAUUUUUGUCAGAGUUUAGGCCAAAAUCCUCUGUUUCAAUAUGUAAAAUUAGGUUGUUUUUAUUCUGAGCUAUCCUAAGCCUAUUUCCUUCUACUAAAUAUCAAAGGCCAAAAGUUGUCGACAAUGUUAUGGACUGUCCGUCUUCCGGAUAUGCUAAGUGACAAUUUAACAGUCCAUUCUAACACCCAUAAGCGUGAACAGUAAAAAUGUGUAUAAAUUUCAGAUGAAGUGUAUAUUUGAUGUUAAUGUAAUAUCUUCGUAUAUAUAAACUAAUGUUAUAACUUCUGUUAUAACUAUUUUUUAGUUUGAAAUUACAAAAAAAUGGGGGAAAAAGUGUAACACCUUGUCUUUCUGCAGUUCUGCGUCACAACAGCCACUGCAUAAAUAAGAACAUAAUUUGAUCAAAUAUAAUUUUAAAUUUAUACCAAGAAAAAAUACAAAUACAGUCUAUGUUUCCUUGGUUCCUCGUAGUCUUCUUUCGUUUCUGUGUUGUUGUUCGCACUAGCUCCUGCGUUCCUUUUUGUUGUUGAUUUUCUACAAACUUGUGAAAAAAGGUUCGUUGUAGAUCCAGGCUCUCUCAUUUGUGUCUCAGCUUUUACGAUCAAUACUUAAUGUUGGUUUUUGUUGUUGUCUUUUCACAAAUCUUGUUUCCAUAAAAAACACAAUCCUUUGUCACGGACACCAAUUAACCUUAUGUUACCCUACAGCUUUGUAUAACCUUAAUUUUUUUUAUGAAACCCAGAUUUUUUUUAGCUUGUUCGAGGUUCGAGCUUGUGUUUUUCUUUAAGUUCUUACUACUCAAAAAGAAAAUGUAAGAAUACAAACUGGUACCUGAAAUAAAUAGUUUAUAUAUCAGUUCCGUAAUAUUUUUAAACUUGGACACUGAUAUUGUAAGGGUUUUAUUGUUUUACGAAUUAUCAGCUCCUUUGUCUUUUUUGGGCGUGUGGUAGAGUCGAAUUUGAGCUAUUAUGAUGGGCUUUAUAUCCUUGUUGUCAGCAUCGGUGUCUUUUGCUCUUGAAAAGUUGAACCUUGGGCAUAGCUGAAAUACACUACCAUGACUAAAAUGGGCACCAGUUGUCAUAGGCAAAAGGCAUAUUUUAGGAAGGUCAUUAACUCUUGGCAUUGACUGUCUGACACUAUUGAUAAGCCUGACAACUUAGGUUUGAUAUCAUAAACAUAAAUUGUUGGUAUUUAUGUCAAUUGGUGUUCAAAACCAACAUAACUUAAAAGGAAAAAAAUAGAUAAAUAAAAAAAAAUAAAAAAAAAAUAUCUAUACAAUUAUGGAAUAAUCAUAAGCAUCAAGACAUGCUCAGAAUUUAAUUAAUGUGUCUUGUUUUUAUAGUAGAAUGAUGAGGCCCUCUCAUUUCUCCGACCACAUAAUUUACCAAGUCUUUACGCUCAUGAUUGUAUUGUUAUAGAAAGUUUAUCCAGUUAUUCUAUAUAUAUAUAUAUAAACUCAACGAAUAGAUCUUUGUAUUUUGACACUAUAUUUAUUCAUUGUUGAAAACAUUUGCAUCAAUUACAAAAGUAUAAAUUAGUUCUUAGAGAAUUCAUAAUAAUGAUACCACGAAUACAAUUCCGUAUUUCAGUAUCCCGAACCCCAUGCCGUUCAGUUAAAUGGUUCUUUGUAUCUAGCGGGUUAUCCAAACAUUAUAUACUACAGCUCAGCCAAACGAGCACAAUUUUCUUAUGGUCAGUCGUGACACUUUUUUAUCUUGCAAGGAACAUGAAUUUGUCUGGCUUGACUAAUUUUGUGAUUUUAUCGCUUCAGCCAAUUCAUGCAAAAACGCUUGUAUGUUUACAAGUACUUACCGAGUUUAGUAUGACUCUACAUAAGUGCAUUUGUUAGAAAUUGUAAACACUGAAUAGUGAGCAUAUGACAUAUUUUUUCUGGAUGGAUUGACCUAUACUUAGUGUGCACACAAAAUUGUUUUGAAGCACAAACCAUGCAGGUCUUUUCUAUAAAUCUGGUGUUGAGAAAUAGGCAUACUUGUAGUAUAAUGCAGAUUUUUACCAUCUCACCAAACCGGUUCUGUACAGCUCAAGAUCCUCUCCUUGUAGCGUAAUGCUACUGUUCACUUAACUUUUGUGGUAGUUACCCCAGGUAGUUAACAACCAUCAAUUGUUCCAGUGUUUAAGUCUUUAUUUUAUUAUGUUCUUUCUUAAAGUGUUUUAUACGUAACUACGUUACGUGACAUUCGUCCGAUUUUUCUUAAAAGAAAUAUUUCAUCAUGGGAAUUAUUUGAUGGUACUUAAUAUACUUUUAAUUCAAGUUCACUUUGAGAUCUGAAACCCGAGGAAAUAUUUGUAUUUUUUUUUGCCACCAAUAACCCUUGUGUUAUACUUUUAAUCACAAUUUAAUUUUUAAUCACCAUUUAAUUUAACAAGCGUUCGUUCCCACCCUUAUCUUAUUCGAAAAAGUGUCAUAAAUAGGUGAGAAUUACUUGUUGGUGAAGAUCGGAGAAACUAUCAUUACUUAAACCCGCAGGGUUAAUUGGUGUCAAAGUUAAUUACUCUUGAGGAUGAUGACUCUUGCUAAUGAUUAGGUGUCAACAGGAAUGGAGUUAAUGGAGACUCCUGAUCAGAGAGAAAUACUCUUUGGUAUUGUAACUUGCCAUAAAAACCCGUCAACUAUAAUUGAUUAAUGAUAAAGCGGAUGAUCGGAAACAAAAAAAUAGUGAAUAUGAAGGUACGGGUUUUUGUUUUUUGUGUGAACAAUGAAGAAAAGCAAUAAUAUAUGCGAAUAAGUAAUACCCGAAACCAAAUAUGAAGAAUAAUCGAUAUAAACAAACACAAUAAGAGAAAAAAAACAAAAAAAAACACCAAAACAUAAAUAAUAAUAAGCGAAAUCAACACUUUAUAAUAGUACACUGUAUUAGUCACUAGUCGACACUGUUGACGUCGAAGUUAAUGUCCGUUGAUGGUGACCUGGGGCGGUCACUCGAGCAUCCGGUGUACAUUUUUUUUUUAGUGAAUAUGAAGGUACGGUUUUUGUUUUGUUUUUUAUAUGAACAAUGAAGAAAACAAGAAUACAUGCAAAUAAGUUAUACCCGAAACCAAAUAUGAAAAAUAAUCAAUAGAAACAAACACAAUACACUCAAACAGAAAUAAAAAUCAUAAAUGAAGCCAACACUUUGUAAUAGGUCACUGAAUUAGUCCCUAGUCGACACUGUUGACGUCUACGGUACUGUUUGUGGAUGGUGACCGGGGGCGGUCACUCGAGCAUCCGGUGCACGUCCAUGUGAGCGGCAAGACCAGAAGGACGGGCGAAGCUGCGGGUCCUUGGGACGGCAGUUCUAGAUUCGCUGUGGCACGUGUCCAAACGCUUUGGAACAGGGCCGUUUUCCUGGUGAGGGCUCUCACCGACCUGCGAGAAACUGUGGCCUCGCAGCAGCAGACGCAGACAUGGACCUGGCGUUGGAAUUUCCUCAUGUAUUUCCGUGAAAAAGUCCAUCCGGGCAUGAUGUGAGCCGAGUAAGUGUCGGACGUCUGUCCGAUAAAUGUCGGCAAACAUCCGUUCCAUUUGUGUGCAUCCCGGCAGGAGGUGGCCUUCUGUAUCCAAGUGGGUGGUCCUGAGAGCCGCGCAGGUUAAGUGCAGGUUAAAUCUUGGUAGUGAAGAAUUCAUGAUGUUUCGAAGGUUUUUGGUAGCAUAAGGUACAGUAAGAGAGUGUGGGCAGAAUCGUCGUCUGCGUGUGUUUAUAUUGGGAACCGUGUUCUUGUGUUUGUCAGUUAUUCAGUCCAUCAUUAACAUCAAUGAUGUCAAUCACUAUUGGGUAUCGUCAGAUGACGAUCUUUUUAAUGACAUUUCAAAAAGUCCCGGUGGCUGUCAACAAUUUUAAUUGUGGCCCUCAGGGUUUAAAUCCAUCCGAUCCAAGCAGGGAUAAAGUCUUUUGAUGGCUUCGAACAGUGGGGUUGCAGCCGACGUUGAUUGGUUGCAGAUACCCAGUUUUUCAGGCCUCGCCUCUGAUCGAGACCCAUGAGAACGCCGUAUUUUUCAGUAUUUUUUAUCCAAUAUUUAAAUUGUUUGGUAUCCCCGUCCAAAUAUGGUACUACUUGUGAUAUACUCUGAGUGCCUACUACAGCCGAUACAUUUGUAAUUGUUCCCCUAAAUUUUGAAAAAUUCUACUAAUAUCUGGUUCUGCCAUUUCUCUAUGUUAUCCAAUAUAACCGAAUACAGUCAUGAACUGUCAAGCUAAUUGGACUAAUAGCCAGCGGCUAUCACGACCUGUCAAAAGCUAAGUAAAUCUACAUUUGAUAAUUAUGAUGAAAUAUUUGCUUUUUGUUACAAAUAAACUUUGAAUUCUACUAUUGAUUUUUGUUAUUACUUUAAAGUGUUUCAUAUGUAACUUUUAUGUUACGUGACACUUUAAAGUGUUUAUAUGUAACUACGUUACGUGAUAUUGUCAACAUUGUCAUUGCACCUGACAUGAUUGUCAUUACUGUCAUCCUCUUGAAAAGGAGCACUAAUUGAAGUUUCAUCAAUUGGAACCAAUAUGCCAAUGACAGUACCUGAUUCAACAUAUUUCUGACAUGGAAAAGGAUUUAAAAUUCUAUACAUGGUUCUACCAUGCUUUGAUUUAAUCAAAGAUUUUGCUAAUCCUAUCUCCUUGUCUGUUAAAGAGUUGACUGGUUCUACAAGUGCUACCUCACCAUUAGCAAUUUUUGGCUAUCUAACUGGCACUAGACAUUGGAGCAAUAUUGACAGACUGUGUUAGUCUUACUAGACCAAUUUUAAAGGUUGAGAGAAAACCUAUUAUUCGAUCAACAGUGAUGGUUUCAAAUUGUGACUUUGAAAAGUUCGGAGUACAUUUAUGUUUUUGGAGAAAGUCAAUUCCAAUGGUUAAAGAGUGAUGAAUAUCAUCAAAAAUGUGAAAAUCAUGUUCAAAGUCCUUAUCUCCUAUCGUGAUUGUCAAUUUUACAGUACCAUCAACUUUUAUCAUUCUUCCACUUAUGCCUUUAACAUGUGAAUAUUUGCUUUUAUUGAAUGAUAUCAGAUCUGGACACAGCUUCUGUAAGAGGGAUAUCAUAAUGCAACAUAAACUACUCCCUGAAUCUACUUGAGUUUUAAUCUCUUCAUCUUUUAUUUGUACAACAAUAGAAUUACUGUUUAAAGAAGUUUUGCUUGACACAUUUGCUAUAGAUGGAAUUGUUUGAAUCAAUUUUCCCCUUUUUCUGAAUGUGUUGUUGCUUUUGAGGCUUAAGAUUAAUCUUGUUUGCUUUUGUAGAGAAGUUCUGUAGUUUAUUUAUUUUUAGCCUAUCCAUGUGGUUCCCCCAUUUACCACUGGCAGGCGAGUACCCCUAUUUCCUAUUUUGCUGCUUCAAUUUCAAGCUGGCAGGAUUAAUGUGGCCUUUAAUGCCGCAAAAAUGGCAAACUUUGAUUUUUGCAAAGCACUGUGAAAAAGUAUGAGGUUUUGCCUUUCCACAUGCUCUACAUUCUGAUUGGUUGUUUGCAGGUGAGAAGUUGUUGUAGUUUUUGUGCCUUGAGUCCUGAUUAAAAUGAGUUGAAAUGUUAUGUUGUGAGGUGGCGUUUUGGUAUCUGAAUUGGUUUCUAUUGUAGAAAUGAUUACUGUUUUGAUUGUAUUUGUUUAUUGAGCAUAUUUCUGCUUGAUUUGCCGCCAAAAUAUCAACUUGUUCUUUCAGUUCUGCCAUAUUGACAUUACCUAUUGCGUUUUUGACUACUUCUGCAAGACUUUGUUCAGAGAAAUUUAUUUGAGGUGGAUUAAUUGCAUAUGCGUUUUCAGACAAUUCUGCUGUUUCAAUUAAUCCCUCAAGUGUUCGUGGAGGAUUACGCUUUAAAUCGGCCCUAAUAUGUGGUAGUAAUCCACCACUCGCUGCACUUAAAAUGUUUUCUUGAGAAAUGUCGGCAGUGUGUGCUUUUGUAUGCACCUCAUAAAUAAAAUCCCUAACUGUUUGUUUUGACCUUUGUCUCAUGUGGAAUAAAUCAGCUAAUGUUUGAACUUUGUCUAUUUUUUUACCAAAACGUUGUAUAAAUUUUGUUUUUAAUAUAUUGAAAUCAUUUUUUAUGUCAUCGGACAAUGUCGUAAACCAAUCAAAGGCAGUACCUAUAGCAAGAUACAUGCCGAAAAAUUUGGCGAGAGAUGCUAGAUCGGUUUGAGUAACACGGCCAAAGUACUCGAACCUUUCCACCCAAGUUUUAGCAUCAAUAGUGGGAUCAUAUUUCCCAACUAACUCCACUUUUAAAGGAGGCCUACCUUGUGUUCUGGCAGGUCCUUCGGGUCCGUCUUGCAGUCCAGGGUCUGCCUCUUCUUGCCUGGCUACUUCUUGUCCCCUUUCCGCCAUUGUAGUUUCUUUCUUGGGUGGGAGAGCUUGAAUUUGUUUGUCAGGUACCAACGGACGGCUUGGGUCUUCAACUUGUCCUUGUGAUCUAGUAUGUGGCACCCUCAGCAUGUGCGACAAGUGGUCAAUUUGAUGAUUUUUGGAUUUCCACCAGUUUUUAGCCGUUCAGACUUUAUUUGUUGUUGUAAUUGACUGUAUGUCAUAGUCCUGGCUGAUUAUUAUAUUAUUGUCGUUAAGACCACUUGUGCCUUGGUUUGGAGGGUACCUGGUUUGAAGAGAGCCAAACAGUUGAUAUUUCAAGUCUGAUGGCCUGUAUUUAAACCAAGAAUAUACAGGGGCGGAUCUAGGAUUUUGGGUUGGGGGGGGCGUAACUUUUAAUCACUCUAAAGGUUGCACUAGCAGAUCCAGGGGCAUACCUAUAGUUCUAAUAUCAUAACGAGGUUUCUAUUAGGACGACUAAGUGGCUUAUAUAAUUUGUAUAUUUUCGUUAAGCGGGAAAAACGAGGGAAGAUACAUGUAUAAUUGUGAACCCAUGUUCAGAUACUUUUACUAUUCAACAUAUUCUAAGUGCAUAGCUAUCUAUGUGUAUCUAUUCGCACAAUGGAUCUAUCAGUAACAUGCGCCUAGGAUAUUUCCUGGCGUAGAUGUUCACAAUUUCCUCAAUAUCCAAUUUUAUGUCCCUAUGAAUGAAGAGUAGCAUGAGAGCGUUGAACCGGCUCUGGCCCAUGGUACUCCUGUGCGGGUUCUUGAUGAAUUUCAAUGACGAGUUGGACCGUUCCACUCCUGCUGAUGUCACAGAAGUUAAAAGCAACAGUGUAAGCACUUUCGAUAUGUUGGGAUACAUAUGUUGGCAUGUUUCUGUCAAUGUUUCGACAAUAGUCGACGGCUUGUUUUCCGUGUUCCUCCAGGUCUGUUUCCAGAGCUGGACCUCUUGUGCGAACAUGUCUGGCUGUGGCAAAAUUACUGUGCCGAAUUAUUACAGUAAGGGAAGGCGGGAACGUUUAAAUUGCGUGCACUCUGUGUUGUGUACGAGUACAUCUCAAAAGGCAAUGUUGUAUAAAGAUACGCGAGCGAAGCGAGCGAAGAAAAAAUAGGAAAAUAUAGUAUAUUUUAUUGUUUCCAUACCAAAGAACAUGUAAGCUCCGGGAAUUUUAGGGGGGCGUGCGCCGGGUGCGCCCCCCUGGAUCCGCUAGUGAUAUAUACUCGAAAAGUCAGACGUUGUUGCAUAAUAAGGAUUAACUUGUCACUAAAUGUUAAAUAGUUUUAUACAAUAGUUGUCUGAACCAGUAAUGAAAUAUUUGUACAAAUGUAAUAUUAUCAAGACCAGAUGGUCAGUCAAGACCUUUCAGUUGUAAAAUCAAUUUUCUUGACAGUACUUAUCUAUGUCGCGUAAUGCCAACGCUCACUUAACUUUCGUGAUAGUUCGUUCAGUAAACAACCAACAACUGUUCGCCCUAAUCUUAUUUUUAGGAAUUGUCAUAAAUAGGUGAUAAUUAUUUCGGUAAAGAUCGGAGAAACUAUCAUUACUUAAACCCGCAGGGUUAAUUGGUGUCAAAGUGAAUUGCUCGUGAGUAUGAUGACACUUGCUAAUGAUGAGGUGUCAACAGAAAUGUUGUUAAUGGAGACAUUUGAUGAGAGAGAAAUACUCUUUGGUAUUUUUAACUUGAUAAAAACCCGUCAACUAUACUUGAUUAAUAAUAAAGUAGAUGAUCGGAACAAAAAUAAAUAGUUUUUUUUUAGUGAAUAUGAAGGUACGGUUUUGUUUUGGUUUUUAGAUGAACUAUGAAGAAACAAUAAUACAUGCAAAAUAAGUAACACCCGAAACCAAAUAUGAAAAGUAAUCAAUAUAAACAAACACAAUACACUGAAACAGGAAUAAUAAUAAUGAAUGAAGUCCACACUUUAUAAAAAACACCGAAUUAGUUUCUAAUCGACACUGUUGACGUCUAUAUUGUUCGUGGAAGGUGACUGGGGUCGGUCACUUGAGCAUCCGGUACACGUCCAUGUUAGCGGCAAUACUGGAAGGAUGGGCGAAGCUGCUGGUCCUUGAGGCGGUAGGUCGAGAUUUGCAGUGGCGCGUGUCCAAACGCUUUAGAACACGGCCCGUUUCCUGGUGAGGGCUCUCACCGAUCUUCGAGAAACUGUGGCAUCACAGCAGCAAACGCAGACAUGGACCUGGCGUUGUGUCGCUACCCGGUGAAUUUCUUCAUGUACUGCGGUGAAGAAGUCCAUCCGUGCAUGAUGGGAGCCGAGUAAGUGUCGGACGGCUGUCCGAUAAAUGUCGGCAAACUUAAGGUUCAGUGGUGUGCAUCCAGGCAGGAGGUGGCCUUCUGUAUCCAAGUGGGUGGCCCGGAGAGCCGCGCCCACGAAGGCCGUCAGCCAUCUGACAAGAAGCUCACGUACGACGAAGUGAAGGGUAAAUCGAGGAAGUGCAGAGUUCAUGAUGUUGAAGGUUUGUGGAAGCGUAAAGUACAGCAAGAGAGUGUGGGCAGAAUCAUCGUCUUGUUUUGGUUUUUAUAUGAACUAUGAAGAAACAAUAAUACAUGCAAAAUAAGUAACACCCGAAACCAAAUAUGAAAAGUAAUCAAUAUAAACAAACACAAUACACUGAAACAGGAAUAAUAAUAAUGAAUGAAGUCCACACUUUAUAAAAAACACCGAAUUAGUUUCUAAUCGACACUGUUGAAGUCUAUAUUGUUCGUGGAAGGUGACCGGGGUCGGUCACUUGAGCAUCCGGUACACGUCCAUGUUAGCGGCAAUACUGGAAGGAUGGGCGAAGCUGCUUGUCCUUGAGGCGGUAGGUCGAGAUUUGCAGUGGCGCGUGUCCAAACGCUUUGGAACACGGCCCGUUUCCUGGUGAGGGCUCUCACCGAUCUUCGAGAAACUGUGGCAUCACAGCAGCAAACGCAGACAUGGACCUGGCGUUGUGUCGCUACCCGGUGAAUUUCUUCAUGUACUGCGGUGAAGAAGUCCAUCUGUGCAUGAUGGGAGCCGAGUAAGUGUCGGACGGCUGUCCGAUAAAUGUCGGCAAACUUAAGGUUCAGUGGUGUGCAUCCAGGCAGGAGGUGGCCUUUUGUAUCCAAGUGGGUGGCCCGGAGAGCCGCGCCCACGAAGGCCGUCAGCCAUCUGACAAGAAGCUCACGUACGACGAAGUGAAGGGUAAAUCGAGGAAGUGCAGAGUUCAUGAUGUUGAAGGUUUGUGGAAGCGUAAAGUACAGCAAGAGAGUGUGGGCAGAAUCAUCGUCUGCGUGUGUUUAUAUUGGGCACCGUGUUCUUGUGUUUGUCAGUUAUUGAUGAUAAUAGGUUCACAAUUCUUAUGUACAAGUCCAUCAUUAACAUCAAUGAUGUCAAUCACGAUUGCAGUAUCGGGGUUGUCGAUCUCGUUAUUGACAGUUCAAAAACAGAAAAGUCCCGGUGGCUGUCAACAAUUUUAAUUGUGGCCCUCAGGGUUUAAAUCCAUCCGAUCCAAGCAGGGAUAAAGUCUUUUGAUGGAUCGGACAUCGGGUUCGCAGCCGACGUUGAUUGGUUGCAGAUACCCGGUUUUUCAGGCCUCGCCUCUGAUUGGGCGAGAGUAGAUUCCUCACUGGCCUUGUAGACCACCUGACUGUAUUGUGGGUGUGGUUUGGGACGCGAUCGGUCAGGAAUACAUUUGAGAAAGGCAGAAUGAUAUUUACAAAGAAUGAGAACGGUCACACUGACAAGCAGAACACCAGCUGCUAUGAUUGUAAUUAAUUUCCAUAGUGGCCACCCAGAGGAUACGUCAAGGACAGAAUUAGGUAAGUAAAUUAAUUUAUUCAUUAAAGCUCUAAAGGGAAGUUCGUGUAUCUGUUUCAAUUCAUCAGGCAUGUCAAUUUUUGAGACAUUAGUAAGAAUUUUAUGGAGAGGAUCCCAGAUUUGAACGUCGGAAUCGUCUCCUACCCCGAAUAGAAAUUUGAAUAUGCCUCCCAAAGGUAAUAAAGACCGUUCAGAUCGUUGUCCUAAAGUUUGUAAAUCUGCAUAGCUAUUUAAUACUUCCGCGUAAGUGUCCUGUACAUUUCCCAAAUCUAAUUGAAUGUGCCUAAUUGUUUCAAUAAAUGCGUCUUUAUCAGUAUACUUAUCAUUUUCCUUAAAAUGCAUAAUAACCUGAUUAGCCAUUUCGGUAGAAUUUAUUAAUCUCUGAUCAACUUGAUCAAGAAAGUUUGCAAACACCUUAGUGUCAAUUACCAGUGCUAAUUGCCAGUGUGACUUAGUAAUUGAAAUAUCUUUAAGUUUUUGAAAUAUGACAUUAUCGUAUAUCUCAAAAGUUUCACUCAUGCCAAUCGCGUACCAGAGUACAAGGUAAUUCAUCCUUGUUUCUGAAAAUAGAUGAUUAAUAUAAUUGAUAACAAUAUCCUGGUCACGGCACCAAACUUUUACGUGUCGCGUAAUGCCAACGCUCACUUAACUUUCGUGAUAGUUCGUUCAGUAAACAACCAACAACUGUUCAAAUGUUCUAAGUCUUUAUUUUGUUAUGUACCUUCUUAAGUAUCAUACGGGCUAUAAGUUCUAGUUAACUUUCGUGAUAGUUCGUUCAGUAAACAACCAACAACUGUUCAAAUGUUCUAAGUCUUUAUUUUGUUAUGUACCUUCUUAAGUAUCAUACGGGCUAUAAGUCUAGUUCAUGCCCAAAACCUAACCUAAACUAACUGUGUAACAUGCUUUCAUAUAUACUGCUGAUUUCGUCUAGUUUGUGACAGGUGUGCAUAUUUAAUUUCUUGUUAUAUACAAAAAGAUGUAUUCUACAGUCAUGAACUGUCAAGCUAAUUGGUCAAAUAGCCAGCGGCUAUCACGAACUGUCAGCAUCUAAGUAAAUCUACAUUUGAUCACCAUGAUGAAGUAUUUCCUUUUUGUUACAAAUAAACUUUGAAUUUGAAUUUGAAAACUAUUGAUUUUUGUUAUUACUUUAAGUGUUUCAUACGUAACUUUUAUGUUAUGUGACACUUUAAAGUGUUUAUACGUAACUACGUUACGUGACAACUAUAAGAUAGGACAUAAAAUACUGUUAAAUAUAAAUCUAAAAAUGUGAACAACAUAAAAAUCCUAAAAAAAUGAGAAAACAUGAAACAAUAUAGAAUGAUGAAAUGAUGAGAUUGAAUAUGAAUAUAAUGAAAUAAUGAUGAUAAUCAUUAACACAAUAAAAAUGAAAAAUAACCUUGUGAAAACAUCCUCCAGCCGAGUAAAACAAUGCUCCUGCAUUGAACACAGUUCACAAUGCAUGUGUAAUAGUAACAUGAAUUACAAGGCAGGGGAGUUAAUGCAAAAGAAUAACAAUAUAAGAAUUGUGUACAUAUUUACAUAUGUGGCCCUCUCUCGUUCUAUGACCACAUUAAAAGAAUAUCCCCAAGUUCUUAGAAUCGUGAUCGCAAUUAUUUAUGUCAGUCUUUCCAGUUAUUCUAUUAUGAAUACAAUAACUCGACAAGUCCGUGUUCGUUUAACACUUAUUUAUUCUAUGUUGAUAUAUAUUCUCCUCAGUUAUUUAAGUAAAGUUUUACUUCGAUUACAUGUGAUAAAAAAUCACAUAUAAAUACGAAUAUAGUUUCCGUAUUUCUGGUAUCAAGAACGCCCGUGACGCGAAUUGAGCGGUUCUCCCGGUCUGGCGCCCUGAUCAAAAGUGGCCAGGUCUUUUAUACUAAGGCUCAGCCAAAUGAGCACAAUUUCCUUAUGGUCAAUCGUGACACUAGGCACAAUAAAUAUGCCCGGCAUUACUAUUUCGUGAAUUCUUUCUGUCUCAAUCAGACAUUUAUAGCCAAAGAAGUAAAUAUUUUAUUAAGGAAACUUUGUAUCAGCAAAUAUAGCAAAAUGUGGAUUCAGCAAAUUCAUGCAGAAACCUUGUAUGUUUACACAUAUCAAGAAAUAAACAUAUUUCCAUCUGAAAAUAUCAACAAUAAACAUGUUGAAUAGUAAUUAAUACAAUGUCACAAAAAUAUGACUAAGAAACUAUGUCCUUAUACCGUUAGCACUAAGCACAUUUCCUAUAACAAUGUUAAAUGAAAUGCAAUGUCUUUCAAAGACAUGAAUAAUAAAAGUAAAAUGUUGUGUAGCCUAGGCCUCCUUGUUCGUGUGGAGAACAUUAUAAAUGGCUUGAUGCUAAAACUGGCUGUGAUGAAAAAAAAAUAAAAAUAAUAAUAUGAAAAAUAAAAUGACACUGAUUAAUAAAAGAAAAUGUAAUCGGUUAGAAAAUUGUCUGAUGUUAAAAUGAAUGCACAAAAUUAUACAGAUGGUAGAUGGAUAGGGCUUGGUUCUUUUUAAUCGCUGAUUUUUGGGUAUAGCAAUGGUUUUGCCUCAUUUGACUCCAUCGGAGCAGAUGGGACCUGACUCGCUCCUAUUUCUAUUGGGAUACAAAACUGAUUGUGUGUUACCCAUAAAUACAGUGAAUAAGGGUCUGUAAUAAAACCUAAAUCUUGAUAGUUAUUCCUGAUAAAGUUAUAGUUGUAAGAUUGGUCAAUGACUUUUGCAAAAAGCCAAGACUGUCUUUCUUCAAAAUUAUCUGAAAAUGACUCAAAAGAGUUUUCCAUUUGAACAAUCAUGUCAUGAUUAUUUUUCAAACCAGUAAUAGCAUUAUUGAAGCUUUCAUUAGAUGUAGCCAUAAAUGAACUCAUUAUAUCAAUUUGAUGUUUAAAAGAUGCAUCUAAUUUAUCGUUAUUUUUAUGCAAAGCGUUUAAAUUGUUUGCAAUUUUCUGAACAUCUGAUGAUGUUGACCGACCAAAAAGACCUGAUGCAAUUUUUCCUACAAAAGGUAAUAAACUGCGUCUACGAGAGAGGGUAGUUUAUCACUAACAUGAACCAUAUCCAAAAUAUUGUUGGUAACCGUAUCAAUGUAUAACAUUGUAUCAUUAUGAACUGAACUUAAAUGCUUUGAUACAGCAGCAAUUUCAGGACAUUUACAUUUUGGUUGAUCAUCAUGUUGAAAGUUUGGUAUUUUUAAAUCAAUGACAAAAGUGUGUUGCCAAUGUUCUGAAGAACUAAACAAAUCAGGCAUGGGUUUAAAAAUAGUCCCAUAAUUUAGUCUGGUCUCAAUCAUCAGCCCAUGUGAAUUUGGCCACAGCAGACAUAAGGUCAGGAAAAACAGGAUAUAGCCUGCAAGUAGAAAAUACCCAUAUUCAAAAUAAUUAUGAGCUUACAUAUCAUUAUUUGACGUCAUAUAGCACUAUAUUUCAUGAGCCUGCUCAACACUUAAAAUAUAAACAAUGAAAAGUUUGGUCAAUAAAUUUUUUAAACCUGAUAUUAACUACACAAUAUGACAUUUUUAUGUCUGCCUAUUCAGUUAUUCUGGGAGUUGAUUACUAAAUAAUUAAUACCAUGCUUAAUGUAGUGAACUUACAUCAUAAUUAUGUGUAAAAAAUUAUAUGAUAUAAACAAACCAAAGGCAAAUGGUUUGAAAAAUAAAAUAACUGUUUAAAAUAAAACAGUUCAUUUUCUUUAUUUAAAUACUUCCGUUUUACGUCUUUUAUUUUUAGACGUAUAUGUAAAAUGAAAGUUAUUGCGCAUCUCUUCUGGGACUAAAUCCGCAAGAAGCCAUUUGUUGUGCGAAUUAUCAAGGUUUUCAAACUUAAACCUAUACCAUUUCUUUCCAUUUUGAUGAGAAUAUCUUCGUAUUCUUUCUACUUUGUUUGUAGAAACAUUAUCAUCUGGACUAUCACCACUGACAUCAAUUUCAGGGUCUCCAGUCUGACCUAUAAUAUUUUCCCUAACAUUUUGAAUGUUUUCAUCUGCAUACCGAUCAAAUGGGAUGUGGUAUUUCUUCAGACGAGAAGCAUUGACCAAUGAUUUCACAAUUUUUCCCGUGUGUACUAGUUUCAGUUUGUAUGUGUAAUUGGGUCCUAACUCAAUAAUUUCAUAUGGACCUACAUAUUUUGGUGCCAAUUUCCUACAUUGCCCUACUUUGACAUUUUCCUUGUUUAACAUGAUCUGUUGACCUUUGACAUAAGAUGGUUCUUUUGCUUUCCUAUCAUGGUAUUCUUUUUGUUUUAUUUGCUGGCAAGAUCUGUUUGCAUUUAUGAUAGAGUUCAUAAGUUUCAGCUGUUCAUUCAAGUUGUCUACAAAUUCCUUGACGUUUACAGGCAAGUCUUCCUUAGGAAUAAGAGCUAUAUCAAUAGGCAAAUUCGUAUGCCUACCAAACAAAACUUGAUAAGGUGUAAACCCAGUUGAUGAUGAAACAGCGUUCCUGAAAUUUAGCAUAAUUGCUGGUAUAGUUCUGCCCAAUUGUUUUGGUUAUCCAUACACAGAGUUCUAAGAUCUUGUCCUAAGAAUCCAUUAACCCUUUUUACAUCUGAGUUACUCUGAGGAUGAAAUGAAGAUGUAUGGUGCCUAGUUAUUUGAAAUCUUUGUUUAUUGAGCAUAUUUCUGCUUGAUUUGCCGCCAAAAUAUCAACUUGUUCUUUCUGUUCUGCCAUAUUGACAUUACCUUAUGCGUUUUUGACUACUUCUGCAAGACUUUGUUCAGAGAAAUUUAUUUGUGGUGGAUUAAUUGCAUAUGCGUUUUCAGACAAUUCUGCUGUUUCAAUUAAUCCCUCAAGUGUUCGUGGAGGAUUACGCUUUAAAUCGGCCCUAAUAUAUGGUAGUAAUCCACCACUCACUGCACUUAAAAUGUUUUCUUGAGAAAUGUCGGCAGUGUGUGCUUUUGUAUGCACCUCAUAAAUAAAAUCCCUAACUGUUUGUUUUGACCUUUGUCUCAUGUGGAAUAAAUCAGCUAAUGUUUGAACUUUGUCUAUUUUUUUACCAAAACGUUGUAUAAAUUUUGUUUUUAAUAGAUUGAAAUCAUUUUUUAUGUCAUCGGAAAAUGUCGUAAACCAAUCAAAGGAGUACCUAUUGCAAGAUACAUGCCGAAAAAUUUAGCGAGAGAUGCCAGAUCGGUUUGAGAAACACGGCCAAAAUACUUGAACCUUUCCACCCAAGUUUUAGCAUCAAUAGUGGGAUCAUAUUUCCCAACUAACUCCACUUUAAAAGGAGGCCUACCUUGUGUUCUGGCAGGUCCUUAGGGUCCGGCUUGCAGUCCAGGGUCUGCCUCUUCUUGCCUGGCUACUUCUUGUCCCCUUUCCGCCAUUGUAGUUUCUUUCUUGGGUGGGAGAGCUUGAAUUUGUUCGUCAGGUACCAACGGACGGCUUGGGUCUUCAACUUGUCCUUGUGAUCUAGUAUGUGGCACCCUCAGCAUGUGCGACAAGUGGUCAAUUUUAUGAUUUUGGAUUCUUCACCAGUUUUCAGCCGUUCAUACUUUAUUUGUUGUUGAUUAACUAAAUAUUUGAUGUCAAUAGUUAUAUGUCAAAGUCCUGGUUGAUUAUUAUAUUAUUGUCGUUAAGACCACUUGUGCCUUGGUUUGGAGGGUACCUGGUUUGAAGAGAGCCAAACAGUUGAUAUUUCAAGUCAAGGUAAAGUGUAUUUCUUAGAAAUUGUAAACACUGAAUUGUGAGCAUAUGAAAUACAUUUUUAGCGUAACACUAUGAUAACUUUCUAAAUGUCCAACUUAAUUAGAUUACCGAAACACCAGUUGCACCGCUCCGGACACCCAGCCUCCAAGGUAUCCAUCAAAAGAACUGACAAAUAAUGUACCAUGUGUAGCGUGAUACAACCGAAAACUUUCUAGAAGUGUUCACUUAUACUUGUUAGAACUAUUUAGGUUAUUAAACAACAAUUGUUCAAAUGUUCAUUCUUUAUUUUAAAACGAUCUUUCUAGGUAUAAUUAUAUAGUUCGAAAUACAGUGUAGCAUGUCACGUAAUACCGCUUUUCACUUAAUUUGUUGGAAGUCUUUUGGUUAUUAAACAACAAUUGUUCGAAUGUUAGUUCCUUCUUUAUUGUUCAACGUUCUUUCUAAGUAUAAUAAUCAGUUCUAAAUACACACUUUACAUUUAAGCUCUCCCCACAACCUAACUCCCGUCCAUUAAGGACCACAGGGCUCUUCCUAGCCCUCUCUGUCUUUACGUCCAAAAUGAUUCACUUUAAAUAGUAUGACUAUGACAGCUUAACAACCCAAAGCAUACACGUUUUAGUAAUUAACAUGACUAUUUAUGAAAAACUGUACAUUUGUAUCAGGUCGGCUUUCAACCACUUCCUCAUUUAUUGACAAAUCAGAUCAAAUAUGCCCUACAAUAAUUACUAAACAUUUAUUAUGAAGACAAAUAUCCAUCUAAUUCAAAGCUAAUUUUACCGUAAAUAACAUCAUUAUGUUACAAACAUUCAAAGCUCAUCCCCAAAACCUCGCUAACUAUAUGUUAAACACUCGCUUUAUAUAUUCAUAUCGGAGGUCAAAAUUUGUUAUGAUAUGGCCGCAACACAUAUAUCUUGACAGGCUUGUCCACUAAACGCCCAUGUGAUUUCCUUGUACAUAUGGAAAUAUCUUAUUUACUUCGUAUUCACACUCUUGAACUUCCAAGCUAAUUGGCUGGGAAGGUGGAAAACGUCCAAUCUCUGGUAUCUCUGGGUCAAUAAGUUACUCAAGAUAUAUUUUUAUGACAAAUAUAUGUGCACUAUGCUGUGUGGAAGGUCAAUUAUAGAUUAUGGCUAAGUUUAAUUAGCAAUCGCAAAAUAUUCACAAUAAAGCACAAUGAUGAAAUAUAUUGCUUGUAACUAGGCAGUAAUUGUAGGUAAUCCCUAAAUAAAUGAUCUUAUAUGGUAAGUAUAUCCUUAUAUGGUAAGGAUAUCCUUAUAUGGUAAGGAUAUCCUUAUAUGGUAAGUAUAUCCUUAUAUGGUAAGUAUAUCCUUAAAUCAUUAAACGGUAAUUUAGUAGAUCAAUUAUCGGAAAUGUCAAAAAGUAGGAGUAUCGGAACUUAUUGACACAUUGAAGUUGUCAUAACGGAGACAACCAAACCAAACCAAGAUUUAUUUCUUUUUAAUCGAGAUCCGGUACUUUGAAUCGAUAAUCUAUUUUAACAAGGAUGAUGAUCAAUUGCCAAUACCGAAGCCUAACCCUGAACGGGCGUUUUGUACCUUAAAUCACAAAGAAUUAAACAACUUCAUGGCACUGAUAGUGAAAUUCCCCAUGCGGAACUUUUAAGAUUUUAAGAAAUAUCUGAUGAAAGAUAUCAUGAUAACUCAAGUUCAGAUACAUUUGUUAUAUAGUAUGAAUAACUAUGCAUACAUUUUCUUUAUUAAGUGUUUAGUAUUGCAAUAACCUGUUCUCAUAUAAUAUUGCGUAUAUAUUUUUUACGCAAAUCAUGUUAAAUAAGUAGAUUAUGUGUAUAUUAUGUAUGUCAUGAUUGUUUUGUAAAUUGCCUUAUGUUAUAUUAUUUAUUUGUUUGUUUGAUCAUUGAAAUAAAAAGAAUCAAAUUUG